AUGAAAAAGUGUGAGGAAUCGAACGAAGAUGAAAAAUCAUCGUCGCAAGAGAAAUUAUGCUUAUUAAAUUCCGAUAAUGUUAACGAUACGACGGAUGAAGAAAUGUUAUUAAACAAUCGAAAUACAACCAAAAUAUUCGUUUCGAACGAAAUAAAAAAAAAAAAAAAAUUAUUAACUUGCGAUGAUUUUAAAACAAAAUCUUUUCACGGUUCUUGGCCUUUGGUUAAUUUAAAUCAACCGAUAAAUUAUGAUAAAGAUAAAUCAAACGUUUCCUCAGGUUAUCGCGGCGGAACAGAUUCAGACACGUUAAAUAAUUCAACAAAAUCUGCAAAAUCUUCAUUGGAAGAAGAUUAUAAAACUAUCGUUAAAUUAAUAUCGAAUUUACAAAAUUCGGCAAAAGCUUUAACGACAAAAUAUGAAAAAUUAAUAUCGAAUAAAAAUACAAAACAGUUAAAUUUUCGUUCACACGACGAUAUUAUAAAUGUAACUACGGAUUCGGCAUCCGAUGCCGUGGUCAAAACCAAAAAAGAUAAUAAAUUAUUUUUACGUACGGAUAUUAAAAUACCCGAUGAUCUUUUGUUAAAUUUUCGUAAUAAAAAUAAUGCAGAUUCCGUAUCGCGAGAUUCGUUACAAUUUUUUUUUGAAAACGAAAAACUUUUAUGUGGCAAAACAAACGGUUUGACAAAUUUAAAAUGGAACGAUGGCAUUUCGGUAACGUCACCUUGUUCUACAAACCCCGAAAGUUUUUUCGACAGAUCUGUUUUAAAAAAUGGCGAAUGUAACGUAUUGAAAAAAAGUAGCAAUUCGAAACGUCGCAUAAGGUAUUUACAAGACAUAUUUACAACGCUCGUGGAUGUUAAAUGGCGUUGGACUUUGUUUGUGUUUGCCCUAAGUUUUAUUUUAAGUUGGCUUUUUUAUGCUGUGAUUUAUUGGCUGAUAGCCUAUGCACAUGGUGACUUUGACCAUCUUGAUGAUGAAAAUUGGAAACCCUGCGUUGAUAAUUUAUUUGAUUUUACAUCCUGUUUUUUGUUUUCCGUUGAAACUCAACAUACAAUUGGUUACGGAGGUAGGGCAACAAGUGAGGAAUGUCCUGAGGCAAUAUUUGUAAUGUGUAUUCAAAGUAUCACCGGUGUCAUGAUUUCUGCAUUUUUGGCUGGUAUUUUUUUUGCCAAAAUGUCGAGACCGAAACAAAGAAGGCAAACUUUAUUAUUUAGCAGAAAAGCAGUUAUAUGUCAAAGAGAUUCUCAAUUAUGUUUAAUGUUUAGAGUUGGUGAUAUGAGAAAGUCUCACAUUAUUGGAACAAAUAUAAGAGCCCAUAUAUUCCGAACACGAACAACAAGAGAAGGAGAAGAAUUACCUCAGUACCAGUGUGAGCUUCAAGUGUCUGUAGAUGGCUCUAUUUUGGAAGGUACAGUUGAAUCCACAGGUCAAACAACUCAGGCUAGGACUUCAUAUCUCCCAAAUGAGAUAAAAUGGGGACACCGUUUUGAAGCUCUUUUAUCCUACAACUUGGAUAGGCAAUGCUAUGAAAUAGAUUACAAGAAAUUUAACAAUACUUCAAAAGUAGCUACGCCACUGUGUUCUGCAAAAGACUUAGAUGAGUUAUACAUGGUUCAAUCAGAAAUUAGUGAAAGCAAUAUAAUAUCAUCUGAUCAAGAAACCGAUAAUCGAUAG